AUGAAUAAUUUUGAAGACAAUAACCAGAAAGUCCCACCAUCAUAUGAGGCAGCAAUCGGUUCAAACACAAAUGCUAGUGGGCCUUUUCCACCAUUUCCACAACCACCUAGUAACCCUUCAUAUAUACCACAAACUGACACAAAAUCUACGAUGUACCCAAACCCACAAGCUGUUAUUGUUGGUGCGCCAGAUUCUGGACGAUAUGCCACGUGCCCUAAUGUUAUGUAUUGCCGUAUCAUUUUAAUAGCAUUCAUAAUUUUUAUGAUACUGUCAGCUUUCGCGUUUGUGAUUGUGUGUGCUGUGAUCUUGAAAUGGCACGAUUCGACUUUUGCUUUAUUUGAUCGAAUGCUUUCCAAGCGCUUGCAAUGA